UGACGAACAACACGUUGGGGCACACAUUCGUCGUAUGCGUAGUCGAGUAAGAAAAAGUGGCAGAACGUGUCGCGUCGCUUCGCAUCAGAUCGCAUCAAUUAUAUUGAUCGUAACGUGGUACAUCGCAUCGCAGAGCAACGCAUCGAAUCGAAUCGAAACAGAUCAGAGCUCAACAUUGUCGUACGUACUAACAAUAUACUUACAAACAUAUAUACUCAUACAAAGAUUGAACUUCAAAUAUUGAGUGCUUGAAAAAGAAAAUAAACACUAAAGUGCGGGAAAAAUAAAAAAAAUUGUGGGUGUUAAAAUUUGUUUUUGCAUUUCGCCACCUUUUUCGCACGAUUUUCAAACAUUUGAGGUGUUUGUUUAUGUGUGUGUGCGUUUUUGUUCUUUUUUAUGCAUUUCACUUCAUAGAAACUUUGUUUGAGCUUUGCUCGAACGUUAUGUGAUUGUGAAGGGCUUUUAACAUUUGGCAUACGCGCUUAAAUGCCAACGGUGACAACAACACGGAUAAUAGACAUACAUAUUUGAAAGAAAUAUUUUACGUGGACUCCGCGCCGAUAGUAGAACUGUUCUUUUUUUGGCUGUAUAACGAUUUGAACCAUAAAAAAGAUAAUACAACAUUGUGGCAUUGCUAUGAUAAGCGCACCUUAAGCUUAUUGUCAAACAUAAGCUACACCGAUCUAUAGUAUGACCCUAGAGCCAAGCAAUCAAUAAGCGUGAGUUUGGCUAUCAAGCUUGUUAGUACCUCUGUCUCUAACGAAAACCGAAAUUAGUGCAAAAUAUUUGAAUAAACAAAAAGUGAAGUGCAAGCUAAACUUCUUAACAGAAAAAAAUACUAUGGAAAAGUGCUAAUAAAAUUUAUUACUGCCAAGCGAAGUAUAUUAAUAGGCAGUGGCUUGGAAACUAACGCAACGAAGAAGCAGAAAGUGAUUUUUUAAGUCCAUAUUUGUAUAUGUACUUAAGUGCAUACAUAUUUACAUUAAGAAAUUGAACGCAACUACAACAAAAAUAACAAUUUACACCGGUAAAAGCUACAAAAUUUUGCGCUUGGAAUUCCCCGAAGCGGCUUAAAGAAAAUUCCAUAAUUUUUUAGUGACAUAGGCAAGCGCAAAACUCUUAAUUGGCUCACAUAUGGAUCCAGAAAAUCAGUGCCCGCAAUACGGCGAAGUGAAUCAGCUUGGCGGCGUAUUUGUGAACGGACGCCCACUGCCGAAUGCGACGCGCAUGCGCAUUGUGGAGUUAGCACGCCUCGGCAUACGACCCUGCGACAUUUCCCGCCAGUUGCGUGUUAGUCAUGGCUGUGUUUCCAAGAUAUUGGCGCGCUACCACGAGACCGGUUCCAUUCUCCCGGGCGCUAUAGGCGGCUCGAAACCGCGCGUCACCACUCCGAAAGUAGUGAACUACAUACGCGAACUGAAGCAGCGCGAUCCUGGUAUUUUCGCUUGGGAAAUUCGUGAUCGCCUGCUGACUGAAGGCAUCUGUGAUAAGACGAAUGUGCCGAGCGUUAGUUCCAUAUCGCGCAUACUUCGCAAUAAGCUUGGCGCUAUUGGGCAUCAUCAUCACAACUCAGCGGUCGCCGCGGCAGCAGCCGCUAAUGGCACAAAUUCUUCACCACAUCAUCACGCGCAUCCGCAUGCACAUCCGCACGGUCAUCAUCACGCAUCAGCGCACAGCACAGGUGUCUCCACCGUGGCCACAGUGGCGCAUCAUCAACAUGCCGCCGCCGCUGCUGCAGUGCAUGCGCACCCCCAUCUCUACAAUUCCAUUUAUCAGCCAUACAGCGCGUACAGCAUGAAAACGGCGGUAUCCUGUGGCAGCCCCUCGCCCCCUCAGGCCACACAAACCAGUCAUCAGUUGCGCACCGCGGCGGCUGCAGCUGCUGCAGCGCACUGCUGGCCCUCAUCGCAUUCUGUGAGCGACAUUUUGGCGCAUCAUCAAGCGGUUGCGCUGCGCGCCAGUUGUCAGGUGGGCAACACAAUGGGCGCGCUGCCCACGGGACUGCCGAUGACUGCUUCACCGGUGGGUGGCGCUAUGGGCACGGGCGCGCAACAACUUAUGGGCGCUGAAGAUUGCGACGGCAUGGCGAACAGCGCGGCGGCAGCUACACAAGUCGCUGUGGCAGCGGCUGCGGCGUCGCAGCAGCCCUAUAACUACUAUAUGUAUUUCCAAAACACUGGUAUGCAUCAUCAUCAUCACGGUGGCAUGAUGGCGGCAGGUGCAACAGGGUUAUGAGAAUUGCAUUAUGGCGAUGGUAGAAUAAGCAGGAAACAGAUGUAGGAGAAGCGUCUUUAGCAGUGUUAAAAUUUGAUAUGCUAGCUGAUUAAAAGUAAUUACAUAUGUAUUAAUCUAUAAGCAUAUAUAUAAUUUAGAAGGAGAUUAACAAAUAAAUCAUCAAUAAAUUUUUAUUUUAGCUUUUAGAUUUUUAUAUAUUAUUUUUAAUAGUGUGGAUUUGUAUAACGUACUUGUAAUCAUGCAUAUAUGUAAGUGUAUGGGUGAUAUGCCAAACAUAAUUUAAUUAGCGAUUUAUAAAUAAAAAACUUAAAACCGAAAAUAUCAAAACAUCCAAUAAGCAGUUGGUUCCAGGUUUAUUUAACACUCACUCGUCACAAUUUUUAAUCAAACUAAAAUUUACGCCUAAAAGUAUGCUACGCGCAGUUUCAUUCAUUUUUGCAAACUCUCCAUGCAUAAUUAUAUAUGUAUGUAUGUAAGUGCAAAUAUGUGUAUGAUAUAACCUGACAUAGCUGCUUCAAAUAUAACUCUCUAUAUUUUUAUUUGGAUUAUCAGUGUUUUACAAAUAUUUAAUUUUACAGAAAAUCAUAACCGAAUAUGAACACUUGGUGUAC